GGCGGCGGAGCUCACUCACACCUGACUUCUGCUCAGUUGAACUCCGCAAACUACCAGCGCUCCCACUUUCUGCAGAUGGAGCCCCGUGACGGACAGUGGAGGCACUAAUUUCUCCUCUUCAACUUGCAGUUUCAGGUUUCCCGAACAAAGAAAAGGAUGGGGUCACUGGUUGUCUGCCUGGCUUGGUUCCUCGUUCUAGGCUUCACCACUAGUGCGCUGAGUCUCAACCCUGAUGACCCCAAUGUCUGCAGCCACUGGGAGAGCUACGCAGUGACUGUCCAGGAGUCCUAUGCUCACCCAUUUGAUCAGAUCUAUUACACCAGAUGCACAGACAUCCUCAACUGGUUUAAAUGCACCAGACAUAGGAUCAGCUAUAAGACAGCUUACCGGCGGGGAGUGAGGACCAUGUAUAGGCGCCGCUCGCAGUGUUGCCCUGGUUACUUUGAAAGCGGAGACUUGUGUGUUCCUCUGUGUACAGAGGAGUGCGUGCACGGUCGCUGCGUUUCUCCUGAUACUUGCCAGUGCGAGCCUGGGUGGGGAGGACUGGACUGCUCUAGUGCAAGCACAGCCAAUGGAACAGACCAGUGCCUGUGA